AUGGCUUUUGUCAUUCGUAAUUGCAGAGCGGGCAACGACUGUUCCUUCCUGCAUGAUGUGUCUACAAUACCUCGAACACGAGUUUCGGACCGUGGAGAGGUACCGGAAUCCUCGGAUUCCCCACGUACCCCAACAGACAACACUCAGCUCGUCCAAGACCGCAAGCAGGCAUUAACUCAGCCCAUUGCUUCACGUGUUGUAUCAAAGCCAGUAACUCAAGCACAAACUCAAGAUCCCCGGGAAUUCCAGGUCGGGCAGAUACGAAGACGAUUCCAACCAAAGGAAUCUCGGCAACACGAUGGCUCUGUGGUGCUCAAGUUCAGCCUUCGCCCGUCGGACCCUGACUUUCCCUUUGAGAUGUCAGCAUUAGAUUGCAGUCUCUCUGUACCAGUGGCACAUCCAAAGGCGGACCCUUCGUUAAAGGUUGGCAAUUCGGACAUCCCUAGAGGUUUCGCGCUCAAUAUCGAAUCAGGAUUCGAUGGCCUUGUUAAACAGAAACCGGAUGCAACACUACUGGAGUUGGUGAAAGCACUUGACCGGAAUCUCGAGACAUUUUUAUCUGCACCCAAGGCAGAUACAGUUAAAUUGGUACCCAAUAAAGACACGAGGCACCUCGCGAAUGUUCCCACACGUUUAGUGGAGCCAGCCACGAUAAUCCACAAGGCUGAAGACGUACAGCCUCUGCAGUCAUCACUCAGCAAGCCAACGACAGUUACCCCGAAGCCAACUGUGUCGUACACUGCUCAACAGAAAGCUGAAGCUGCUAAGCGACGAGAAAAUGAAGUUCGCCAGCUGGAAGCGAGAAUGGGUCGUCUCCCCCUUUAUAAAAAGUCAGGUGAUGGAAUCGCUUAUACACUACCUGUCCAGCCAAGACGACGAGGAGAACUUCCCAUAGCAGUUCGAGCUAUCAAGUCUGUACAGUUGUUUAUUCCCCUGCUUUAUCCUUUACAGACUUGUCGUAUUCAGCUUGAUGGUGUCGACCAAGGUGGGUCGAGGGCUAUUGAGCGUGGAUUCCAAUCAAGAGCAACUGAACAUGCAGAAGCUACUUUGAUGGGUCAUGUCAAUUUCCUGGCUCAGAAUAUGCAUGUAUUUGCAAAGGACUUUCAAGAAGAGCAAAAGCCAAUUCCGAUUGUGGCCCAAACCACACAGGUUCCCUCGGACACACCUCCAGUGACUGACAAAGGCAAAGGCGUUGAGGGUGUGCAAGAUGCUGAACGAAGUCACAUUCAAUACAUUGCUCGGCCCCCAGAAUGGACGAUAGUCACUCGAGAAGAGCUGUCGGGUUCUGAUUCUGAUGGUUACGAUUAUUCAUAUGAUUCAGGCGAUGACUUGGACACUGAAGAUGAAGGAGAUAUCGUUGAACUCAAGAAGAAAGACACUGAAAAGUUACCAGAGCAGCCGGCACAGAAUCCUGAGCGUGGAACAGCAAUCUCAUUUCCGUUCAUCGAGUUUUACGGGCUUGAGUUACUUGAAAUUGCGACACUCAACAUCACCGUCAAGUGUGAGCGAUGCAAGGAUGUUAUGGAGGUCAAGAACCUGAAGAAUGGCUCACCGAGAUCUGAAAGUUGUAACAAGUGCGCAAGCGCUCUCAGUAUCAACUUUCGGCGAGAUUUGGUUCACGCUCAUGCUGUUCGAGCCGGUUUCCUAGACCUGGAGGGCUGCAGUGUGGUGGAUAUGCUUCCAAGCACAUUUCUCCCAACAUGCUCUCAAUGUUCAACAACAUACCCCUCACCAGGCAUAAUAUCUGUCCAAGGCGAAUCCACCUCCAACAUCUGCCGGGAAUGCCACCAAAAAUUCACGUUCAAAAUCCCUUCCGUAAAAUUCCUCCGCAUCACGCAAACCGGCAACCUCCCCGCCCCCUCUGGUCCAAGAAAACGCAAAGAAGUCCUCGGUCUCGUCCCCGGCACCGAACUCCCUAAACGUGGACGCUGUCGGCACUAUACGAAGAGCUUUAGGUGGUUUAGGUUUAGUUGUUGUCAGAAGGUUUACGCGUGUGAUAAGUGUCAUGAUGAGAGCGAGGAGCAUCCGCAUGAGUGGGCGAAUCGUAUGAUUUGUGGGUGGUGUAGUCGCGAGGGGAACUAUCGACCGGAGGAUUGUGGGGUUUGUCAUGGUGUGCUGGUUGGGAAGAGUGGAGGGGGAUUCUGGGAGGGUGGAAAGGGGACGAGGGAUAGGGUUAAGAUGAGCAGGAAGGAUAAGAGGAAGUAUCGGAGAAUUGGGACGAGUGGUAAGAAGUGA